AUAAGGAGAACAAAGUCAAUAAAGUUGGCCUCAUCUCCUCCCUAAUCUUCCCAUUCGCUCUUCGAACACCACCAUCACAAGCCAAUAAUCCAAUCACAAAACGGGGUAUUUACCGGAGCCAGUCAUGGAAUCCGGAAGAAGCGGCGGCGCUGAGGCCAAUAUCAAGGUGGAGGAGCCAGAACUCGACGUCGUCCGCCACCACCGCCAGUUUUCCAGCCAUGCCCGCGUGGUGGCGGUGCUAUUUGGGUCGGUGGUUGUAACCUGCUUAGUUCUGUACCACUCCCCCUAUCCCUUCCAGUUCUCGUCGGAAUCUUCUUCCUCCGGCCGUCUUCAUCGUGAUUCUGCUGCACCCGCAACCACAAACCCUCCAUAUUCUCCGGGGAAUAAAGGAGUAGGAAAGUUGAAGCAAGUUUUGAUGAAGGCAGCAACGUCAGACAAGACAGUGAUAAUAACAACAUUAAAUGCGCCAUGGGCGGCUCCGAACUCCGUCUUUGACUUGUUCUUGGAGAGCUUUCAAAUCGGGAACGAAACAAUGACCCUUCUGAAUCAUGUGGUAGUGGUGGCGUUGGACGCAAAGGCCUAUAGUCGUUGCUUGGCCAUUCAUCCCCACUGCCAUGCUUUGAGGACUGGCGACAUUGACUUUUCCUCGGGCGAGGCAUAUUUCAUGACUGCUGACUACCUUAAGAUGAUGUGGAUGAGAAUCCAAUUUCUCCACUUAGUUCUCAAGCUCGGAUUCAACUUCAUCUUCACUGACGCGGACGUGAUGUGGUUCCGCAACCCGAUGCCGCAUUUCCACCGGGACGCCGAUUUCCAGAUCGCGUGCGACUACUUCAGGGGAAACCCAAGCGACCUGGGCAACCAACCCAAUGGAGGCUUCAACUACGUCAAGUCGAACAAUCGGACCAUCGAAUUCUACGAGUUCUGGUACAGGUCGAGGAGGACAUACCCAGGGCUACACGACCAGGACGUGCUGAACAAGAUUAAGUCGGAGGCGGUGUUGGGGACGGAGAAGAAGAAGAAGAUUGGGUUGAAGAUGAUGUUUCUGGACACAAGCUUAUUUGGCGGCUUUUGCCAGCCCAGCAGGGAUCUGAACCGGGUUUGCACCAUGCACGCCAAUUGCUGCUACGGCUUGGAGAGCAAAGUGCAUGAUCUGAAGCUGAUGCUCCAGGACUGGACAAAGUUUUUGUCGUUGAAGCCCGCUCAGAGGGCUUCGCAUCCCACUUCUUGGUCUGUUCCUCAGAGUUGCAGCCUCGAGGAUUUUCAUCCUCCGGAUUCAUCCAAGAAGAAAGUUCUGCAAGGAAGCAACAGUUGAUCACAAAACAAAUUACAAAAAAAAAAAAAAAACCACAGAAGUGUAUGCUCGUGAUGUCGUCAUAUGUUUGGGUUUCGCAAAUCCCAGAAACAAAUGCACUUUCUGAAGUUGAAUUCUUCUUUGUAAGUUCUCUCCUAAUGUCUGUAUAGCCACUCAGUGUAAGAAUUUUAUUUUAUUUUAUUUAUCAUAUUUGUCAAGAAUUUUAUUAAGUAA